AUGGCGCUGUUUGAGUGGUUUAAGACUGUACGAUCCCAAAAUGUGCCUAUUGAUGGACCUAUGCUUACACGAAAGGCUAAUUCUCUGGCAUGUGAGCUGGGCAUGGAAAAUUUUCAGGCAACAAACGGAUUUAUUGAAAGAUUCAAAAAUCGUCAUGGCAUAUCGAGCAAAACAUUAUCCGGUGAAGGUGCUUCCGUCGAUAAUUCACAAACUGAAAACUGGAUGCAGUCAAAACUUCCAAACAAACAUAUCGAUAAACAGAUUAACAUUCUAAAAGCCAUACAAUGGUUUUAUGCGGCAUGGAAAGAUGUAACACCGACGUGUAUCCAGAAUUGUUUUAGAAAGGCUGGAUUUAUGAAUCAAGCACAGCAUGAAAUUAAUGCGACCCCGCAGGGGCAUGUUUCCGAUUCGUCUGACACAGACGAGUUCGAGGACAAUGACAUUCCGCUGGCUGAAUUGGCAUCGAAAUGGAAUCGCCUUAGAGUAUUCAGUGACAUAGACAAAAACAUUUCUUUUGAUGAUUACAUAAAUGCCGAUGAGAAUGUUGUCUCCGUUGAGCAGAAGUCCGAUAGCGAUAUAAAAGCGGAGGUAUAG